CGUGGCCGAAAGGAACCCACGCAUAAUUUUCGCCUGGCGCAGCAACGGAUUGGCGUCAGCGUUUGAAACAUAACUUUUUAUGUCCGAUCAUUGCAUCGCGUCGCUUAACAUGUUUCCUUCUGGCGUGAACAAUGUUUCCAUUUUUUAAGAAGUCUGGGCAACGAGAUAGGCCCGGAUCUUUGCAAACAUCACCCACAAAAUCGACGAGUUCUGGGACAUUAUUCGGAGAUGUAUUUAAUGGAGAUACGUCCGUUCAAAUACCAACAGGUGUACUGUGCAGCCUUGAGGAGGAAGAGGAAGAUGAAAUGUUCAAUAAGGAAGCUAAAGACACGUGUUCCUUCAGCUCGCAGCUCUCUAAAACGCUUCCACAGAUCCUCACUGACAAAAGUGCUCUUGGUUAUUUCAUUCAGUUCAUGGAGACAAGGAACUGUAUAGCACUCAUUAAGUUCUGGCUGGAAGUGGAAUGCUUAUGCAGUUCAUUUCAUGUACAAGUGACUAAGGAGAAGAAUGUUUGUUCAACGAAUUAUACAGAGAAUACUAAUAGAACUUCCAGUUCGGUGGAUAAAAAUAAGAAUUUUCAUUGUGAAGUGACUCGGAGUAAUGAUAAUGAAAUUGAUAAUACAUUGUUCAAUGAGUAUGUAAAUAGUAAUGAUAGAAAAUCAAAUUGCAACAAUAUGCCAAAGACUAGUCAAGCUGUAAGCAGAACAGGACAAUCAAAUUAUAAUUGCAAGAGACGGGACAUGACAAGGCAGGAUGCAUUACGAAUUUAUAAAAAAUAUGUUGCUAAGGGUACUUUGGGCAUAAAUCAAAUUCCAGAGGAUGUAAAGAUAGCCAUGGAGAAAGCUGUUACUUGUGAAAACAUUGAGCCUAUGUUGCAGUGCCUGACAGCUGUUCAAGAAAUUGUAUACAAUAUAUUAGAAAAUGAACACAUUAAUGACUUCUUGAGAAGUGAAUUUAACUGCAACCAUCAGAUUGAUGUUCUUACUAGCGGCACUGUGCAGUUAACAGAUAUAUUGUACAAUGAAACUGCAUUCUUCUAUUUUAUGGAGUUCAUGGAACUCGAGAAUAAACGAGAACUGUUAGAUUUUUGGAUGUCUGCUAUCAAUUAUAAACAAAACUUGUUGGAAAAGAAGGACGCUGCAGAUCCAGAGGAAGCCCAAACCGAUGCCCUGAUCAUUUAUGACAAGUAUUUUAGUUUACAAGCGACGAUGCCGAUUGGCUUCAGUGAUAAAAUUCGCUUUCAAGUGGAACAAAAUAUUUGUCAUGAAGACGGGGAGGGACCACGACCAGACUGUUUUGAUAAGCCCUGUAAAAUUGUAUAUAAGUUUCUGAAUAAGCAUUAUCUACCCACCUUCUUAUCAUCACAGUUAUAUUACAAAUACUUAUCAGAGUUGAUCAAUACCAUACAGAGCAGUCCGUGCUCAAGUUUGCAUCCUAGGAUAAAAAGAGCAGGUUCGGAUUGUAGUAGCGAAGUGAGUUCCGUUAGUAUUAAUAUGCAAAGUACCCUGCAGGCAGGGAAUGAGGGAAGAUCUGUCAACAGUAAAAGAACAAUCAGUGGUGGUAUGAAUAUUGAUACCAGACAACUUUAUGAUCCAGAUUCCUUGUGGAAACGUAACAAAUAUAGUUUAAGCGUCGGUUAUGUUGAUGACUUAGGAAGGUUUAUCACCGAAAUAGAACCAGAUCCUAAAAAAAAAAGUGAAUCUCGAUUAACACGUGCUGUGAAAAGACUUGUAAAUAUGGAGCAAGAUAAGGCUAAAGAAGAAUUAGCGUGGAAGAUUGCUGAGAUGAUCGUCCGAGAAAUAACAUCAUUGACUCUAGGAACAUCGAAUUUUUCAUCUUGA